AUGUCGUACUUUUCAGGAAUCUAUUUCGCCCUCUUCUGCAUUGGGUUGGUGUGCCUUCCACAACACACUCAAACACUUUUAUCGCAACGCUGCGGCGAUCCACCAAAUAUACCCUAUGGAAACUUUCGCCUGAGAUUGUUCUCGGUGCGCUAUAGCUGCCAGCUCGGAUUCUUUCUGCAGGGGCAGCCACGCAUUUUGUGCGUCAACGGACGUUUGAAUGGCGAGAUACCGGUCUGUGCUAAGCCGGGCUGUCCGAAGCCGAACGAUCCGGCCAAUGGAGAAAUCCAGCUGCAUCGCAGAUUAAGUGCCAUUAUCACUUGUGAGGAGAACUUUGUGGUGGCGGGCAAUGCCGUCAGCUUCUGCAAUGGACGGACUUGGGAUCGACCGCUGGGCUUGUGUCGGCCAAGCAAUCACUCACACAACUAUUUCUGCGAUUUUGAAAGCGAGGAUCAGUGCGGUUGGGGCUCGGACAGUUUCUUGGAGAACAAUUGGAAGCGAGUGGCCACUGCCAGUCGCUUUAAAUCGUAUCGCACAGGUCCACAUCACGACCACACGAUCAAAACUGCAUAUGGUGGCCACUAUAUGCUAAUGGAGACUCUCAAGCCGAUCCUUGGCAGGCACGACCUGCACUCCCCCAUCUAUCCGAGAGCGCUGAGUCUGCGUACCGCUUGCUGCUUUCGGUUCCAUUAUUUCAUGUAUGGCGCGGGUGUGGGUCGACUUAUGGUGUUCGUCAAGCCACAUGAUCUGACAAUGGACGACGUAUUAAGAGAGCCAGCGACCUAUGUAAAGUUUAAUGUGACUGGAAACCAGGGCAACCACUGGCUGGAGCACGUCAUCAGCAUCGACGAAAUGAGCGAUAAAUUUCAGGUGGUAUUCAGCGCAGAAACAAGCAAUUUGCACAACCUCGGCGAUAUAGCCAUCGACGAUGUCCAACUGCUAACCGGCAGCGAUUGUAGCUCUGGAAUAACAACCACUGAACAGGCAACUGAAGUCCCGGAGGAGACUACGGAGCGGGUGACUUUUGAUAUCAUGAAUUGUACGAAUCGGUGUGGGGAAUCGACUAACGAUAGUUGGCGAAUCACAGAUGAUUGGACACUGUUAAGGACCUGUAACUGCAGUGAGGAUUGUUUCGAUAACGACAGUUGUUGUUCAGAUUAUUUGAUGACUUGCCUGGGCAAUGAUGAAACGACAGUGAUGGAAGAAGCAACAACAAUAGCUUUACCAAAGACAACAACACCUACAACAACAACAACAACGACAACACCCAAGCCAACAACAAGAACAACAACAACUACGACGACGACAACCACAACCACAACGCCAAAGCCAACUACCACUAGUACAACAACAACAACAACAACAACCACUACGCCAAAGCCAACUACCACUAGUACAACAACAACAACAACAACCACCACACCAAGAUCAACAACAUCUACAACCACCGUUGCAACAACAAGAGCCAAAACAACAUCCAGCACUCAAAUACCUCGUGACAUAGUUGCCAAGCCGACACGGCAACGCUUUAACCGAGUCACCUGGAAAGUGGAACCGGGUCAACUGGAAGGCUCAUCCAACAACAGCAGCCCGGAUCACUCGUUCGCAAUGCUCCUCGUAUUCCUGGCCAUCCUGUCAAUAAUUGCUGUGGUCUUGAUCCUUACUCGAGUGCGACGCUCCAAGUCGUCGAGCGGCACAAUGGGCGAUGCUGUCAGCUACCAGCCACGCCCUAAGCCCAACAUGCAUUCGGCCCUAUCUAAGCUCAGGAAUGCGAUGCGCAUUGACCAGCGCAAUGGACAGGAGGAUACGAGAGCCUUGUGUGUGGCAGACGAUGAAGACUGCGUGCAGUUUGAGGAGGUGGGAGUCGAUGUGGGACGUCUGAAUAAUAAGACUACCUCUGAGCUGUAGAUCAAAGGUCAGCAGAAACAUUUCCCAAGAUUUCUCGAAUAUAAAAUUAAAAAUUGUAUC